AUGGGUCUUCCACAGCAACCAGUACAACCGGCGGAUGACGCAGCUGCAAGCAGCAGUGUUCCGACACAGGCGGGCGACCUGCCACCCGCAGCGCUCGAGUUAGCCGGCAAACUGUUCGACUUUGCGCGACAAGGCAAGACUGAGGAAUUGGGGCAGUAUAUCAGCGCUGGCAUCCCGCCCAAUCUCACAAAUCACAAAGGCGACACAUUGCUCAUGCUAGCAGCUUAUCACGGUCAUGCAGAAACGACGAAAAUGCUGCUGGAUAAGGGUGCAGACCCGAAUGUAUUGAACGACAGAGGUCAGAGUCCGAUCGCCGGCGCUGUGUUCAAAGGCUCGGAUGAAGUGGUCAAGCUAUUGUUUGAGAGGAGGGCAGAUGUAUAUGCAGGACAGCCCAAUGCUGUAGACAGCGCGCACAUGUUCAGGAAGGAGGACUAUCUCACUCUAUUUGGUGUGGAGCAGCAAUAA